CUGCCUGCCUGAGUCACGUGUCGGGGGGGAAGCGGGAAGGCGUCGUCCUCCUUUCCUAGCCCCCCCAUCCGCCAUGUUUUCAGGCCGGGUCUGGCUCGGUCUUCCCCCGUAAGGAAAUGGCCGGGGAGCUCCAGGGAACCCAGGCGCCGUUGCUUCGGCGGAGCCUGGGCUAACGAGGCAGGGCAGCGGGAAAACCCGAGCACUUCUGCGCGGGGAGGGAGGCCAUGGCGUCCAGCAGUAACUGGCUGUCCGGGGUGAAUGUCGUGCUGGUGAUGGCCUACGGGAGCCUGGUAUUUGUACUACUGUUUAUUUUUGUGAAGAGGCAAAUCAUGCGCUUUGCAAUGAAAUCUAGAAGGGGACCCCAUGUCCCUGUGGGACACAAUGCCCCCAAGGACUUGAAAGAGGAGAUUGAUAUUCGACUAUCCAGGGUUCAGGAUAUCAAGUAUGAACCUCAGCUCCUUGCAGAUGACGAUGCAAGACUGCUACAACUGGAAACUCAGGGAAGUCAAAGUUGCUACAACUAUCUGUAUAGGAUGAAAGCUCUGGAUGCUAUCCGUGCUUCUGAGAUCCCAUUUCAUGCUGAAGGCAGGCACCCCUGUUCCUUAAUGGGCAAGAAUUUCCGCUCCUACUUGCUAGAUCUUCGAAACACUAGUACUCCUUUCAAGGGUGUGCGGAAGGCCCUUAUCGAUACCCUGCUGGAUGGCUACGAGACAGCCCGCUACGGGACAGGGGUGUUUGGCCAGAGUGAGUACCUGCGCUAUCAAGAGGCCCUGAGUGAGCUGGCCACUGUGGUCAAAGCACGAGUUGGGAGCUCUCAGCGACAGCACCAGUCAGCAGCCAAAGACCUAACUCAGUCCCCUGAAGUCUCCCCAACUACUAUCCAGGUGACAUACCUUCCCUCCAGUCAGAAGAGUAAACGUGCCAAGCAUUUCCUCGAAUUGAAGAGCUUUAAGGAUAACUAUAACACAUUGGAGAGCACUCUGUGAUGGAGCUGAAGGACUCUCGCUGCAGACUGAGCCAGACAUCUGUGGUGUCUACUGGGCAGCCCUCAGGAAAUCUGGCUCAGCAGGCCCAGGCUGUUUUAGCCAAAGCUCCUGCUGUGUCCAGGGUUCUUAGAGCUUGUGUCUGAAAGGUCAUUCCCCAACUUUUUCUUACAGGCAUUUUCAGAAUAUCAGAUAAGAUUUUAUUUUCCCCUCAGUAGAAUUUUUUUUUUCUUCUGUGUUUGAAUUCAGAUGUCAUUCUUAUUUCUGUCACAAGUUUUCUUAAAAAUCUUCACUUGUUUUUGGCCAUAGUCCACCUAUUUAAUCCCAAAGGUGAAAAGUAAGGUAUCUUCCAUGUCUGUCCCAUUGUUCUCAAUUGAGUGGGAACUGCUUGGUUUUAGGGUGUCUUGGAGUUGUUUAGUGGAAGAGGUGGGCAGGAUCAGGGGUGGGGUGAGGAAGUGUGUGGUAUGUGUAACAACUUACCCUGAAACUCCAUUUAAAUCAGGAUGUGUUGAAACAUUAACACAACUUUCCUCGUGUGCACUGAUCUGCCUUUCCACCUUCAUUCAACCCUCUUUAUAAAUAAAUGAACAAAAGGGAAUGUUCUGACACCUGGAAUAAUCUAUGCCGAGAUACAAGAUGAUAUGGAGGAAUGGUUUCCCCUAAUAAGGCAGUGUACUGGUAUGGUUUUAUGGAUUAGUUAUUUAAUAAAAUGAACCAUUAAAAAACAGAA